UUAUGUAUCUUCUUUAUGAAUGAAUCCUUCCCCCUCACAUCCAUCCUUGCUUUUAGACUUUUCGUGGACCUGAAGCGGCUGUCUGACCCGGUGGUGCGGGACCACCUGCAGCUGGACUCCCCCAGCCGGCCCGAGCUGAGCGUCCAGACCUUCCCAUAUGAGUCCGUCUACACCGAGCUCCAGGCGAUCUGCGCUGCGCUCGGCCCCAAAGACAAAGUGUGGAUCUGUGACAAGGCCAGCUGCGCUCUUACGCAGGUCGUCCCAAAGGCUCACAGGACUCCGAUUCCCUACACUCCGCUCUGCCUCUCCAAAGCCGUAAAGAACGCCACCGAGAUCAAAGGCAUGAAAAUGGCCCAUAUCAAGGAUGCUGUUGCUCUUUGUGAACUCUUUGCUUGGUUGGAAAAGGAGAUCCCCAACGGCAACGUGACUGAGAUCUCUGCAGCCGAUAAGGCCGAGGAACUCCGCAGUCAGCAGAAAGACUUUGUUGGCCUCAGCUUCCCCACCAUCUCCAGCGUGGGUCCGAAUGGAGCCAUCAUACAUUACCGACCCCUUCCUGAAACCAACAGAACGCUUACUGUGAAUGAAGUUUAUCUGAUCGACUCUGGAGCUCAGUACAUCGAUGGAACCACAGACGUCACCCGCACCGUGCAUUUCGGGACGCCUUCUGCUUUCGAGAAGGAAUGCUUUACUUACGUGCUGAAGGGACACAUAGCUGUCAGCGCUGCCAUUUUCCCCAAUGGAACUAAAGGCCACCUGCUGGACUCGUUUGCCCGAGCUGCCCUGUGGGAGUCGGGACUGGACUACCUUCACGGAACGGGUCACGGCGUGGGCUGCUUCCUCAACGUCCACGAGGGGCCCUGCGGCAUCAGUUACAAAACCUUCGCCGACGAACCUCUGGAGGCCGGAAUGAUCGUCAGUGAUGAGCCUGGAUACUAUGAAGACGGAUCGUUUGGGAUUCGUAUUGAAAACGUGGUCCUCGUUGUUCCUGCUAAACCCAAAUACAACUACAGGAACAGGGGGAGUUUGACGUUUGAGCCUCUGACUUUGGUUCCUAUCCAGGUGAAGAUGAUCAACACGGAGCUGCUCACCCAGAAGGAGAAGGACUGGGUGAACGGGUACCACCGGAGGUGCAGGGAGGUGAUUGGUGCGGAGCUGGAGCGGCAGGGCAAGAUGGAGGCUCUGCAGUGGCUGGUCAGGGAGACGCAGCCCGUCGUCUGAGGACUCCACGUCCUCUCCGUCUCCGGCCGCUCAGUGGCUGCUCUGCGAUAACCGUUUCACUUCUUCUCCCCUCUUGUCUGUGAUCCACGCUCUGCUCGCCUUUUUUAAACAACGCCACCAGUUUUAUUAAAACCUGUUAAUAGUCGCUUCAGAUUCUUUUUCUAUUUUAUGUCUCGGAAAAUGUGACGGUGAUGUUUUUGAAGAUUGCGCCUGUCCUUUCCAUUAAAGGUACAAUGUGCAAAAUCGA